UUCGUAUUUCAGUUCGGUGGUUAUUUUCCGCGAAUAAGUUCGUUCUGUUUUUUUUCGGACGUGUCUUUCGCGCACUCUUUUGUGCGGGGUGUCCUUUAUCAUAUUGUUCUGCAGGAGCAAGAGUGGACAAAACAAAAAUGAUUGCUUGAUGUAUUAGACGUUUCCAAAUCUGAAGACCUUGCACUACGUGACUUGACGAAGGUGAUAAAAUUUGAAGACUUCCUUUCGGAGGAGUUUUGCAGUUGGUGAAGAUCGCGAGUGAAUUUCAAAAUUUCGACUUCAUAUUCCGUUCGAUAAUUGAUACUUGAAGCCAGUGCUCGAAAAUGAGGAGCACUAUAAUAUUGCUCAGUUUUCUGGCGACCACAUGUAGAGCGGACAUUUCGGCGAUCCUCAAAGGAACUUAUUCACGCAACGAUAUCCUCGCCGACGAUGGAUACCACUACGACAAACCAAAGAUCCCUUUCGAAACUCCCACGCGACCUCCUAGGCCACCGCCUCCUCCAGUGACUGCCCAGAGCUGUCCACAAUGGCAACGAAACCCGGAUGGCAGCUGCGGAUAUGACUAUCAACGACCAGACCAAAGUUUUGCACUGCCAAGUGAAUCGAAGCCACCGACUACAACAACCACUACUACGCGAAGGCCUACGACCACAACCACUACUCGGCGUCCCCCACCGCCAUCUACAAGGAAACCAGAUUGUCCACCGUCAGCCCAAAACCCUGAUGGAUCUUGCGGCUACUUCUAUCAUAAACCGGAACAGUCCUUCACGCUACCUCAACGUGUAACGACCACUACUCCAAGACCCACAACGACUACCACAAGGAGAACUACACCUCCACAGGAAUAUUUGCCACCAUCGACAACCACAAGACGAACAACUCCACGGCCAACGCCAACAACUACAAGGCCAACCACCACCACCACCAGGAGAACGACGACCACAACUCGUCGCCCCACCACUACGAGGUGUCCUCCCGGGCAGCAGAACCCUGACGGAUCGUGCGGAUACGUCUAUCAACGACCAGAUCAAAGCAUUACGGUUCCUCAGCGGCAAACGACCAGGCGUCCAACGCCUCCACAGGAGUACCUACCGCCGUCCACGACUACGACGACACGGCGCACUACAACUACGACUACAACGAGACGUCCAACUACUACAACGCAAAGAGUGGUUCCAACAACCAAGUGUCCGUCAUCUCAGCAAAACCCUGACGGAUCUUGUGGUUAUGUCUACGUAAAACCUGAUCAGAGUUUUACCAUUCCUCAACGUGUGACAACUACAAGACCCACCACGACCACAACCAGGUUCACUACCCGAAGAACUACACCGUUCCAAGAGUAUCUCCCGCCAUCGACCACCACAACCAGGAGAACAACCACCACUACGCGACCAACGAUCACCACCACCAGAAGAAUAACUACGACUCAACGAUUGACCACAACUAGGUGCCCUCCAUCACAACAGAACCCUGAUGGAUCCUGUGGAUACGUCUACGACAAACCAGAACAAAGCUUCACUGUUCCGCAGAGGGUGACAACGACUCGUCCUACGACGACUACCAGACGUACAACGACUACCACGCGUCCCACUACAACAACCCGUAGAAUAACAACGACUUAUCGAACGGUCCCAACAACCAGAUGUCCAGCAUCUCAGCAAAACCCGGACGGAUCAUGCGGCUACGUCUACGAAAAACCAGAAGAAAGUUUUACUUUGCCCCAACGGGUAACUACAACUACAACCACUCGUCCGACGACAACUACUCGUCGUACCACUACCACCUAUCGUACAGUCCCGACCACCAGGUGUCCGCCUUCGCAACAAAAUCCGGAUGGCUCUUGUGGAUACGUUUAUGAGCGACCUGAACAGAGCUUUACGGUGCCUCAACGAGUAACUACUACCAGGCCAACCACGACGACCACAAGGCGAACAACAACAACAACAACUCGUCCAACGACCACAACACGUCGUUUAACGACAACUACCCGAUGCCCUCCAUCGCAGCAAAAUCCAGACGGUUCCUGCGGUUACGUCUACGAGCGACCUGAAGAGAGCUUUACGCUACCCCAACGAGUUACCACUACUAGACCUACCACCACCACUACUAGGUUAACUACACGCCGUACUACACCGUUCCAGCAGUACCUCCCACCUUCAACGACCACCACUCGGCGUCCCGUUCCAACCACCAGAUGCCCUCCGUCACAGCAAAAUCCGGACGGUUCUUGCGGAUACGUCUACGUGAAGCCGGAUCAAAGUUUUACCGUACCGCAAAGAGUGACGACAACCACUCGGCCGACGACGACAACAACGCGGCGAACUACUCCUUUCCAGCAAUAUCUACCACCUUCAACUACCACCACUCGACGCCCUGUUCCAACCACCAGGUGCCCUCCGUCACAGCAAAACCCAGAUGGUUCCUGUGGAUAUGUCUACGAAGUACCGGAACAAAGUUUCACUGUUCCGCAGAGAGUUACGACAACAACUCGGCCGACGACAACAACCACUAGGUUAACAACACGGCGAACUACUCCGUUCCAGCAAUAUCUACCGCCUUCAACGACUACUACUCGACGUCCUGUUCCGACCACCAGAUGCCCUCCAUCACAGCAAAACCCAGAUGGUUCCUGUGGAUAUGUCUACGAAAAGCCCGAAAGUAGUUUCACUCUACCACAGCGUGUAACAACAACCCGACCAACGACCACCACCCGGUUCACCACCCGCAGAACAUCGCCAUCCCAGGAGUAUCUUCCUCCAUCGCCGACGACCACCACUCGUAGAACAACAACCACCACCAGAAGAACCACAACCACGACAAGGCCGACGACUACCACUCGUCGUCCGACCCCUACCCCUACUCAAUGCCCCCCUUCGCAGAGAAACCCAGAUGGUUCCUGUGGAUAUGUCUACGAAAAGCCGGAUCAAAGUUUUACCGUACCGCAGAGAGUGACGACAACCACUCGGCCUACGACAACUACCACUAGACGAACAACGACAACAACACGUCCAACCACGACAACAACUCGACGUACAACGACAACUUACAGAACGGUACCAACAACGAGAUGUCCUCCAUCGCAGCAGAAUCCCGAUGGGUCUUGCGGAUAUGUCUACGAAAAACCCGAGCAAAGUUUCACCCUUCCUCAGCGAGUAACUACCACAACUACCCGGAGAACUACGCCUCCACAGGAAUAUCUACCUCCAAGCACUACAACCCGUCCAACCACUACCACCAGACGCACUACAACUACGACUCGCCCUCCAACGACCACCACUCGGCGCCCAACGACAACUCAAUGUCCUCCUUCCCAGCGCAAUCCGGAUGGAUCUUGCGGCUAUGUCUACGAAAAGCCAGAGAGCAGUUUCACUGAACCGCAACGUGUUCCUACCACCAGAACCACGAGGCCGACCACUACGACCCGUCGAGUAACAACCACUCAGUGUCCACCGUCUCAACGUAACCCGGAUGGCACUUGUGGCUAUGUCUACGAGAAACCUGAAAGUAGCUUCACACUGCCUCAGCGUGUAUCAACCACAAGGCCAACGACUACCACAACGCGGCUUACAACCCGAAGAACUACGCCACCACAGGAAUAUCUACCUCCAUCGACGACUAGAAGGACUACGACUACAACGAGGCCAACGACCACCACCACCAGGAGAACUAGGACCACUACUCGACGUCCAACACCAACCACCACCCAGUGCCCUCCAUCCCAACGUAAUCCAGAUGGAUCGUGUGGAUAUGUCUACGAGAAACCCGAAAGUAGUUUCACUCUACCACAGCGUGUAACAACAACCCCACCAACGACCACCACCCGCUUCACCACCCGCAGAACAUCGCCAUCCCAGGAGUAUCUUCCUCCAUCGCCGACGACCACCACUCGAAGAACUACAACCACGACAAGGCCGACGACUACCACUCGUCGUCCGACCCCUACUCCUACUCAAUGCCCCCCUUCGCAGAGAAACCCCGACGGAUCCUGUGGGUACGUCUACGAGAGGCCCGAGAACAGUUUCACGAUACCGCAACGAGUGACGACCACUACGACACGGUUCACAACCCGUAGGACAUCGCCCUCGCAAGAAUAUCUUCCGCCUACGCCUACGACGACCACCACUAGGAGGACCACCACCACUACAAGGCCUACGACGACCACUACGACAACUCGUCGUCCGGCAACAGUCACGACGCAGUGCCCUCCGUCCGAACGCAAUCCGGACGGCACUUGUGGCUACUUCUACGAGAAACCGGAGAGUAGUUUCACUCAACCGCAGCGAGUGACUACCACGCGGCCUACGACGACCACCAGGCGCACAACUAGCACUCGAAGGACAACUCCUGCACAAGAGUACUUGCCACCAUCUACUACGACCACUACCAGACGCCCAAUAACCACGACUACAACGCGAAGAACAACUCCAGCACAAGAAUAUCUUCCACCGCGUACAACGACGAUCAGAACUACGACACGACCAACCACAACCACGACGCGAACAACUACGACGACACGGCCAACGACUACCACCACUAGAAGGACUACGCCUGCCGUAGAGUACCUGCCACCAUCUACCACCAGGCGAACAACCACCACGCCUCGGCCAACGACGACAACAACUCGUCGACCCCCAACGACAACUCGACCAGCUACGACCACCGAGAAGAAAUGCGCCGCCUCACAAGUCAACCCGGACGGUAGCUGCGGCUACGACUAUCCGAAACCUCCGAAACCUUUCACCCUGCCUCCACCUACACCUCGACCAAUAUCCAGCACUGCCGCACCUGAGUAUAUCCCUCCGGAGCAAUCCACCGGAUAUUCCUAUCCCAAACCUGCCAUACCCUUCAACUUCUAAGUCCCUUCUAGCAGAUAAGCUUGCACUGUAAAUAGCUCUUUAGUUAGGCUCAAUUGUUUCCCCUGCCAUUGUAUCUACUUUAAUGUCUUCAUCUCACUUCAUCGUAUACUUGUUAAACUUCUUCGAUAGAUAUUUUAAUACUGAAACGGAGCACUGCCGCCCUCUACUGAUACGUACGUCAGCGUAUCGGUAAAUCUACUCGAACCAACACUCACUAGCUUUAGGGAAACUGAGUUGCGAGAUAGUCUUAAGUUUCGCGUUUAGUUCACGAAUAUGACGAUGAUCGAACGUUUAGUUAGCAGCCUUUAUAAGGGCACCGGAUGAAGCGUCGUUUUACCACUUUGAUAUGAAUCCAAUACUCAACCAGUUGUUUACCAGUGUACCAGAGAGGGGAGAAGUAGCAUGUACUUACCACUAAUGUGAUCUGAACUUGUCUAUAGUGUGUGCGAUAGUUAGCCAACGACCUAGGGAUUUGAAGCUCUGAGGUCGGAUUUAGAGGAUGCGAAAGUUUGUGAAUUAUUGCAGAAUUAAAAUGAAAAAAUUAAUAAGAAAUCGAAAA